AUGGCUCUACGGCCUCCGAUUAUCACAACUAAACAACUGCAACUUAACCAACAAGAUGAGUCAGCUGCUCAGGAGCGCGAGCUACUGUUAGCCGAUCGUACUCGCCUUGAAGAUCAAUUACGCAAGGCGCAAACAAAUCUAGCCCUUGCUGCCCUCGAGUUAAGACGCAUCACGUCCUCUUCAGCCCAUUCGGUCGUUGAUUCUAUCUCAUCCACUGCUCCUGCUCGUGCUAGUGUCAACCAUCUGGACACCGAUUCAGUUUGGCUUUGUCAGCUUGAUGGAGUCACUUGUACUUCGCGUCAUACUAAACCAAAUGAGGUAAUUAUUUGA